GGAGCGGGAGGGAAGGAGCGAAGGAGCGAGCUGAGCGGCGGUCGCCAAAGCCGAGCCUCGCUGCCCGCCCGCCCGCCCGCGCUCCAGUCGCCGUGUCUAGCAGCGGGGCCCAGCAUGGUCAUGGCGGAUGGCCCGAGGCACUUGCAGCGCGGGCCGGUCCGGGUGGGGUUCUACGACAUCGAGGGCACGCUGGGCAAGGGCAACUUCGCGGUGGUGAAGCUGGGGCGGCACCGGAUCACCAAGACGGAGGUGGCAAUAAAGAUAAUAGAUAAAUCUCAGCUGGAUGCAGUGAACCUUGAGAAAAUCUACCGAGAAGUACAAAUAAUGAAAUUGUUAGACCACCCUCACAUAAUCAAACUGUAUCAGGUAAUGGAGACCAAAAGUAUGUUGUACCUUGUGACCGAAUAUGCCAAAAAUGGAGAAAUUUUUGAUUAUCUUGCUAAUCAUGGACGAUUAAAUGAGUCUGAAGCCAGGCGAAAAUUCUGGCAGAUCCUCUCUGCUGUUGAUUAUUGUCAUAGUCGAAAGAUUGUGCAUCGUGACCUCAAGGCUGAAAACCUCCUGCUGGAUAACAACAUGAAUAUCAAAAUAGCAGAUUUCGGUUUUGGAAAUUUCUUUAAAAGUGGUGAACUGCUGGCAACAUGGUGUGGCAGCCCCCCUUAUGCAGCCCCAGAAGUCUUUGAAGGGCAGCAGUAUGAAGGACCACAGCUGGAUAUUUGGAGCAUGGGAGUAGUUCUUUACGUCCUUGUCUGUGGAGCUCUGCCUUUUGAUGGACCCACUCUUCCGAUUUUGAGGCAGAGGGUUUUAGAAGGAAGAUUCCGGAUUCCAUAUUUCAUGUCAGAAGAUUGUGAGCACCUCAUUCGAAGGAUGUUGGUCCUAGACCCAUCCAAACGACUGACCAUAGCUCAAAUCAAGGAGCAUAAAUGGAUGCUCAUAGAAGUUCCUGUACAGAGACCUGUUCUCUAUCCACAAGAGCAAGAAAAUGAGCCGUCCAUCGGGGAGUUUAAUGAACAGGUUCUGCGGUUGAUGCACAGCCUUGGAAUAGAUCAGCAGAAAACCAUUGAGUCUUUGCAGAACAAGAGCUACAACCACUUUGCUGCCAUUUAUUUCUUGUUGGUGGAGCGCCUGAAGUCCCAUAGGAGCAGUUUUCCUGUGGAGCAGAGACUUGAUGGCCGCCAGCGUCGGCCUAGCACCAUUGCAGAACAAACAGUUGCCAAGGCUCAAACCGUGGGAAUCCCAGUGAGCGUGCAUUCACCGAACAUGAGGCUGAUGCGAUCCACGCUCCUCCCACAGGCUUCCAAUGUGGAGGCCUUUUCCUUUCCGGCAUCCGGCUGUCAGGCGGAAGCAGCAUUUAUGGAAGAGGAGUGUGUCGACACGCCAAAGGUGAACGGCUGUCUGCUUGACCCCGUGCCUCCCGUCCUGGUGAGGAAGGGAUGCCAGUCACUGCCCAGCAAUGUGAUGGAGACCUCCAUCGACGAAGGGCUGGAGACAGAAGGAGAGGCUGAAGAAGACCCCGGCCAUGCCUUUGAAGCAUUUCAGUCUACACGCAGCGGGCAGAGACGACACACGCUGUCAGAAGUGACCAAUCAGCUGGUGGUGUUGCCUGGGACAGGGAAAAUCUUCUCCGUGAGUGACAACCCCUCCCUUGACAGCGUGGACUCGGAGUAUGAUAUGGGGUCUGUUCAGAGGGACCUGAACUUUCUGGAGGACAACCCUUCCCUGAAGGACAUCAUGUUAGCCAAUCAGCCCUCAGCCCGUAUGCCGUCUCCCUUCAUCAGCCUGAGGCCCACCAACCCGGCCAUGCAAGCCCUGAGUGCCCAGAAGCGAGAGGCCCACAACAGGUCGCCAGUGAGCUUCAGGGAGGGCCGCCGGGCGUCAGACACCUCCCUCACUCAAGGAAUUGUAGCAUUUAGACAGCAUCUUCAGAAUCUGGCUAGAACCAAAGGAAUUCUAGAACUGAACAAAGUGCAGUUGCUGUAUGAACACAUGGGACCAGAGACAGACCCGAGCUUGGCCUCAGCCACGCCUCAGCUCCAGGACCUGGCCAGCAGCUGCCCUCAGGAGGACGGUCCUCAGCAGCAGGAAAGCGUGCCGCCGCUGCCUCCCAGUGUGCAUCAGCUUUCCCAGCGGCAAAGCCUGGAGACCCAGUACCUGCCGCACAGACUCCAGAAGCCCGGCCUCCUGUCAAAGGCUCAGAACACCUGUCCGCUUUAUUGUAAAGAACCACCACGGAGCCUUGAACAGCAGCUGCAGGAACACAGGCUCCAGCAGAAACGGCUCUUCCUCCAGAAGCAGUCUCAGCUGCAGGCAUAUUUUAAUCAGAUGCAGAUAGCAGAGAGAUCCUACCCACAGCCAAGUCAGCAGCUGCCCCUGCCCCACCAGGAGACUCCGCCACCAUCCCAGCAGCCCCCACCGUUCAGCCUGACCCAGCCCCUGAGUCCCGUCCUGGAGCCUUCUUCCGAGCAAAUGCAAUACAGCCCUUUUCUCAGCCAGUACCAGGAGAUGCAGCUGCAGCCCUUGCCCUCCACGCCACAGCCACCACCUCCGCCACCGCCACCGCCACCACAACAGCCAGGAGCUGCUACAGCGCCCUUACAGUUCUCCUAUCAGACUUGCGAGCUGCCCAGUGCUGCUGCUCCUGUGCCAGACUACCCCGCUGCCUGUCAGUAUCCCGUGGACGGGGCCCAACAGAGCAGCCUCCCAGGGACAGACUGUCCCAGGAGCUCUGGACUGCAAGAGAAUCCCUCCAGCUACGACCCCCUAGCCCUCUCUGAGUUACCGGGACUCUUUGAUUGUGAAAUGCUGGACGCUGUGGAUCCACAACACAAUGGGUAUGUCCUGGUGAAUUAAUCUCAGCCCAGGAAGUGAGGUGGGUCCAGUGAAGGAAGACUGUGUGUUUCUAUUUUUAUUCCAGCCUUUUAAAUGUAAAGCUUAUUUUCUUGCCCUCUCCCUAAUGGGGAAAAAUCAAGUCACCCAACUGGAAACAGAGGGCCUGGCUGGGGUGGGUGUUGCUUCCUCCUGGCUCUGUCCCGCCACAGUUUUCUGCGGCAGGUGCUGGAACCUAGUUGUAGGCUGCAGCUCAUGCCCUUAGGUCAAGUGGAGCAAGAUCUUGAGGGAGGUACCAACAGAUGUUUUUAUGAGAUGACAACAUUCAGAUCUAGGUUUUAUGCAGAAUUAUGCCUGUUCAUUCUUGAGGGAAACCCUGGUCAAAGCAAGAAAAAGAUGUGCUAUUGCAUUUAUAAAUAGGGCAAAUAAAAAGGCAAUAUAUUUUCACUGAAGCCAAGCAACAAACAUACUGCUUCAAGGCAAAUCAAGAAUACAUAAUGGAAUUUGAUGUGCAGGAAAUAAAGGAAAGCUGUAUUUUGUCAUCUUAAGUUCUUAGCUGCUAAUGCAAGUUGUCCCCAAGGCCAUCACAAAGCAGUGGAGUAUCAGCUCUGUUUCCGGGACCACUAACAGCUGGUGCUGACCCCUGAGCCGGGCAGUCGUUUCCUUUGGGAAGCAGGUGACACACCUCUUCAGAAGAGGCCGCUGGGUUACACUGAGGACUACAGAGAUGUCAGGAGAGCCACUGCAGUGGGGGCCGAGGCGAGGAGAGUACCCGCCCUGGGCCAGGGCAGGCGGGCUGCUCCUGCAGUCUCUUGUGGAGACUUCUGGCUUGGGCCAGUUGGUCUCCAGAGGAUCCCUGGUCUCUCUGCAGUGUAAUAACUCCUUUGACUUUACACCUUAUGUUGCUAAUAGUUUCCUGAGCUUUGUAUAUUUGGACAGUUUCAUAUAGGGCUUAGAAACCAUAAUGACACAAAAAUGACCUUUGAUGUCCCAUGUGAAGUGGUAGUGCUGUGCCUUUCUCCCGGAGAUCAUGCUUUAAUUCUUUCUUUUCUGUAGAAACCCGGUUUUGCAUUUAUGUCAAGGCUAAAUCCAAAGUCACUUCAGAGUUUGUUUUCCACCAUGUGGGAAUCAGCAUUAAUUUCCUUAAAAUCUUGACUUGUAAUGAAAUGUUCAAGUAUUCACAGCAAUAUUCAGAGAACCACAGAUGUGUUAACCGUUUAAGCAGAUCAUCUGCCAAACCCCUGACAUUAUUAGUAGAACCCAGCCCUUAGUCCAUUCAUCAUAGGAAGUGAAAACUAGAUGCUCCAGCUAAUUUCCUGUAUACCUAGAAGUAAUGAGUCAUCUGUCACGCGGAGACUAAAACCCAGGUGUUACAAAUCCAGUAUUAUUUAUAAAAACUAUUAAUUUCUAUCCUUUAGAAUGGCUUGUCCUGUCAGCAGAUGAAUGCGUUAAGCACAAAGCGUCUUCCUUAAAGCACAAAGAAGAGAGCUACUCCACUGAUGCUGCAUCUAGAAAACACCUUUAAGUUGCCUUUCCUCUGUAGUAAGUGUCCAGACAGGUGAGGGGAGCAUGGCAAGCCUAAGGAGUCUUCUGGCCCCCCCAGUGUGGGUGACCUGAGCAGUCCUUGUUGCCAGCUGGACAGUGCCUCACGGUGGCCACCGGUGCCAGGAUGCUUUGCUGAGGUGCUCUGCCUGGAGUUGGACUCAAGGACUCAGCAGGAGAAAGCAGUGGGGGUGGGGGGACCGUCAUUUUUGUGAUUUGAUAACAGGCAGUAAAAAUCCAGGAAGGAUGAAUUAUGUUCCUUUUAUGGGUUGUUUAUUCCUCCUUGUGCUUAAGAUGGAUGGUGUCAUGAAAUAGAGAACUUCAUUUCAUUUAAGAGAUCAUUUCAUUAAGAUCUCUAAUCUGUUUUAAGUCUUUGCAAAAUAAGCCAGUUAUAAAACGGCUUGAUUUGUUUAGACUGAAGGAGGAUGUUUUCCCAAAAUGUACUACAGAAGUGCUGUAAUAUUUAAAAAUUAGAAUGCCUUCCAGAUUGAAAAUGGGACCGCUCAUUUCAGAACUGCAGGAAUGGCACAGAUUGGCAUACGUGGCUGCCCCCACCAAGGCUGCGCUCCUUAGCCCAGGAGACCCAGGAACUCCGGCAGGGCAGUUAGGCCGACAGAGUGAGUGCUGGGAGGCUGAAGGGCCCAGAGCGAGCAGGACGCAAGCGCAGUAGCCAGGCCUGUGGCAGUCAGCAGAGUGGAGGCAUGGCGGACACUGGCCUGCAGAAGGGCAGACCAGGCCGGAGGCUGGGUUCUGAGCUCCCGGUUUGUUUAGCUCAUUUCAAGCAGAAAUUGGGAAACUCUGCAGCCACCUUUAUUAGCUGAAACGUAAGCGGGGGAGAGGCGACUGGUUCUGUGUCAGUCAGCUGUCCGCUGGGAGCUGCCAGCAGUUUGCUCUUCGUAAACCCGUAGCAACACUAAGGCGGCUUACGCCACUCUACUUACACGAAAUACUGACUUGCUUUCCAGUCUGUUUCAUGUUAGCAGUGUGUACACUACUGUAUAAUAAUCAUUUGCUUUAUUAUCUUGUAAACCAGGCUCCUCUGAAGAGACUUUGGUGAGAUAAAUGCGAGGUAAAAAUUUCAUCCAGCAAAAAGUGCAAUAUGUGUGGUACUUUUUUAUUUUUGUGUAUGUUCUCUCUUUUUUUUUUUAAUCCAGGGGUAUUAGUCUCUGCUUUGGGAAAAAUGCACUAGUUCUGCAUUUCCAGUUGGGCAAGUGUGUCUCUAGUAUCUACAUGCAGCUGAUAAUGCUGGUCCCUGUAAGGCAAACACAGCAUGUGAGCACAACAGAAAGGGGGCGGCCGUCCCACUUCUAAAUUCCUAGUAAGCUACACUGACCAGCCCCAGCCCUCCCCUCGCCACUUCUGCCCACCUGCCACCCUAGGCCAGGGAAGGGACCAGCGGUUCCUGCACCCACCACCCAGAAUCUACCGCAAGGGUGUCACUGGGAGGACUAGAGACGGGACAGAAGGACCCACAGUGCCACAGUGUGAGCACGCCCCUCCUCCCUGCAUCAGACCUUGCCUCCCCAGAAUCGAGAACUCAGUGGUCUACACCACGUCCUGGGGCCGCAGGCGUGCGUCAGAAGCUUGGGAUUAUGACAGAACAGCCCUCAACUCCUGUGCUCCUGCCUGGCUCUGAGCCCUACAGGAACGGGGCACCCUGUACCCUUAUGGGGAGGGAGAAAGGACCACCCUGUGGGAGACCACCCCACCCCUGCCGUCAGCUCCAGGCCCCUACAGAAGGGACUUGUCAGGGGACCGACCUCUCCCACACACUGGGUGUCCUCAGAGUCUGUGGCAGAGAGAUUUACAGAAUUCUGCCAAGUUGAGAGGAGGGGUUGUUCUCAGCUGGAGAGUGCCUGGGUGACCGGCAGAAGAAUGAAGGGCCGUAAGAACCGCCUUCUAGCCACAGUUGGUCUAGGGUCCCUGGAGUGAGGGCGUUGAAACAGCCUCUGGCUAGGUGACCUGGACGGAGUGAGUGCUGCUGCUUUUGUGAGGGUCUUCCAACCUCUGCGGAAGCCCCAGGUUCUUAAAUAUAUUGGGAUCAGAGUUUUUCUGCCUUGGAUGACGUUUUAAAACUUCUAUCGACAGUUACACUCAAGCUCCCUGUAAGGCGUAAAGAAAACUGAUAGUGCAAGUAACUUUCACGUUCCUCCUCUAGAGACAGAACGUAGGUCAUUUGACAACACUGGUCCCAGUGGAUAGUUGCAGAAUCCCUUUGCAGGGGCUGACCUUUGCCGCACGGGUACCCCUACACUGGGCUGCUUCUACUGCCUCCUUGGAAGCCACCCGCGCCGUUCGGUCUCUUUGUGCCUAGACAUCAAAGGUAAAAACUGCAGAACAGGUAGUCAGUUGCAAUCAUUGUUUAGGCAGGCAUCUUUGAUCAUUUUGUUUCUGGAAAUGUUUUCUAGAACUUCAAGAGUGAUGCAUGGAGAGCAAGAACUUUCUAAACGGAACAGAAAACAGUUGUAAGAAACCGUACCUCCCUUCUAACAGGAUGGGAAACGAGUACAAAGCUCUCUGCCACCCUGAGGGCGGCAGGAUAGACAAAGUCAGUGGCCUUUCAAGGCCCAUUGGGCCUAGAGUCUAAUCUCCCAGUGCCCUCUCCCUUUUUACCACUCCCUCCCCCCCCCCAGUUAAGGUGUGGCCUGUUCAGUUCUAGAAGACUCUUGGCUGUCCUGGUUGCAUCACAUCCCGUGCCCACCUCUCAUCGGAGCAGAUUUCAACACGUUUGGCAGAGUCAGCACAUACUGUUGCGCAGAUUAAGAACCGGGCCGCAGCCCUGCCCACAGACCUGGGCGGCGAGAGUUCCAGCCGGCCCGCCUGCCCGCCAGUGAACAGAGCACCUUCCCAAGUGACCUCUCCUAAUCCUCAACCACCCCGCGCGGCAGUCGAGAGAUCCUGUCCCUGUCUUUGCGGCCCGGGGAGGCAGGGCUCUCGUUAGCUGACGUGCUUCACGGAGGUCAGGCGCGUGUGAGCGCAGGGCCGGGACUGGGCUGACUGGCAUCUUGAUUGGGUUUCUGGCUUCUUACUCUCUUUCCCUGCUCGGUGGCAGCUGAGUCUUUGCAUAGGCGAACAGCUGUAUAAACAAAGCCCCCAUGUUUGCCAGGCGCGGCCACGCCCCCCACGUGGCAGCCCCCUGCCUCGGCAGAGACGCCCUUCAGGUGAUGACUGCCGCUGUGCAGGGGGCCCCCGCAUCCAUUCAGCAAGGCUGUGUGCGACAGACCCCAUAGACAAGCUGGCCUUUCGCGUCCAGCAACUACAGGUGUUCGGGCUCCUGUCAAAGGCAUUGCACGCUAGAGUAACUACCGACGGCCGCCUGACGGCAGGACACAGCCUGCUCUACCGCCAGGCAGCUGAGCUCACGGCCAGCUCAGGAAGGGCGCUGCUCGGGGAACCACGACCUUACGGUCCUUGUCAGCGAGUCUUCUAGACACCUUUAGGGUUAGAAAAAGAACAUGCUCUAAUGGGAGAGGUUGUCUUUCCAGAUGUGGGUAAGGAGGGAGGAGCUUUAAAAACAGACAUACAAAACCACAUCCUUGAAAAACAGGACCCCUAACUGGAAUGUUACACCUGUAAGCCCAGGGACGGGACUUGCCUCUGGCUGUGAGAUGCCUGCCUGGCCACGAGUAGCGAGUAGCUCGGUCAAGGAAGUAGCCUUCCUGCUACUGAUGGGAAAAAAAAAAUCUGCCUUCAUCAAAACCUCUGAAGGAGGGAAAGGCAGAGAGAAAGGAGGUUUGCUUCUCUUUGGGGGUCCAACUUUAAAAUCUAGAGAGGAUAUUUGCACUUUGUAGAAAGGGCAAGAUCAUUGCUUGUUUCUGAAGGAGGAGGGAGGUGUUGGUGGAUGUUUGGUCUGUGAAAGAGUUACUUUUGAUAAAUUAACCUAAUUGUAGUUAUUUUUUUCUGUGUGCUUUUUUUUAAUUACUAAGAAAAAAUUGGUGAGUUCAAUAGCUUUGGUAUUUUGAAUGCAAAUCAUAAUAGCACCAAUGUGGGGGGAAAAAAAUCAAAUUGUAGCCCGUCACUCAAUGUUAGAAAAUUGCCUAAAAUGCAGUUUAAUAAAUGAUCUUUGUACCAAAUGGCAAUUUAAAUAGGGUAAUUUUCUGCAAGGAAAAUGUACUGUUUUUAUGUUUCCAACCCUCUUGAAUUAAAAUAAAAACAACUUGUUUUCUA